AUGUUUGUUUGUAUGUAUGUGUUUAUAUUGGAAUUGCAGCAAGUAGCAACGCCUACGGUCGUUAAGAAAAUUCUCCGAAUGAAACAGGAACAGCCGACGAUGUUUGCCUGGGAAAUACGCGAACAACUUGCCAGACAAGGUGCUUGCGAUCCACAAAGCUUACCUUCCGUUUCAUCGGUUAACCGAAUUCUCAGGGGUGGUGGACUACACACGGAUCAUCCUGGAAUCGAAGGAACUUCAUCCACCGGAUAUACUUCGCAAAUCUCUUCCAAUGUUGCUUCCAGAGAAUCAUUAAUGAGAACAGACUAUCAAUUAUUUUACCCAGGUGCAUUAGGACCGUUGCAAAUUUCAACGAGUUCUGGAAACAACGGGACGCCAUCUUGGAAUCCAAGUUUUUAUUCGUCCCUUUAUCAAGCUACGACGUUACAUUUACAUCAUGGAAUGCAAUCGUUAACAUCAUUGGACGCCGAAAGAUUGGCCGAUCAAAAUGGCGUACAAAAUCAAGUUGAAUUAAAAUCAAGUUCGAGUUCUAUGGCAGGUAGCGAUGAUUCAUUGGACAAAAGCGAUUUGGAAGAAAAUAAUGAAUCCCAGGAUCAAUAUAAAUCAUUUCAAAGUGGUAGAAUUAUAUUGGAACUUGGUCAGAAAAUAGGAAGCGACCGGAGUGCAUUUGUAAGACAUCCAACACCACCGGUAAAUCCAUUGGAAAUGGAUAAACAACAACAACAACCACAACAACCACAACAGCAACAACAACAACAACAACAACAGAAUCAAUCGAAAAGAAUCAUUGAAACGGAAAAAGAACAAACGAAUACGACGGUAACGGGUAAUGAAAUACCUGUUGAGAAUAGACCGGUUCCGGUACAAAAAAAACGGAAUCCCUAUUCGAUAGAAGAGUUACUUAAAAAGGAUGAGAAGAAAUCAAGCUCGAAGAGGCCUAGGUUGAUAAACGUAGACGUUGUACAACCAUGCGGAAUCAUUUUAAACAAAGAAAUUUAAAAUAAUAAUGACGAAUACUUUGGAAUGAAAUCAAA